AUGGCUAGCCCAACACGCGGCUCCCCAGAGUACCUCGCUCAGACCAACGAUCCGUACCUUGACCAGCGAGUGAGCAUCACAUUUGCCGUCAUCGACACCCUCUUCCUCGCCAUCUUUUACACUAGCCGCUACUACAACCCCAAAGCCAUCGGCAAUCCCAUGCUCAUCUGCAAUACCCUGUGCUACCUUUUUUGUCUCGGGAGUGCCGUAGCAGGCAUACUCAUGACCCAAAUCGGCGGCGUCGGCUAUCACGUCGACGCCGUCCCCGUCACCACCUUCCAGACAUGGCUCAAGCUCUCCAAGGUGCUCGAGUUCACCUACACUCCGGCCGUCAUGUUCGCCAAGCUCGCCGCCCUCUUCCUCUACCACCAGCUCUUUGAGGUCACCCGCUACCGCAUCGUCAUUCUCAUCCUCGGUGCCGUCAUCGCCCUCCAGGGUGUCGUCGCUUUCAUCCUCGCCUUUACCAUCUGUCGUCCCUUUCGCUACUUCUGGACACAGGUCGUCAACCCCGCCGACGGCUCCUGUGGCGACGUUAUGCUCUUCUACAAGCUCUACAGCAUCCCCAGCAUCGUCACUGACGUCGUCAUGCUCGUCAUCCCCUGGCCCAUCUUGCUACGCUUGCAGAUGCCCCUCGCCGACAAGGUCGGCCUCAUGCUCACCUUCCUCGCCGCCUCCCUCGGCAUCGUCACCUGCGCCCUCCGCUUCUCCGUCUUCUUCACCACGCCGCUCUUUAGCGAUCCCACCUGGUACGCCUCCGGCGGGCCCAUGAUCUACGCCCUCGUCGAGCCCUCCAUCUACAUGGUUGCCAGUAUCCUGCCCACCACGCGGCACCUGCUCCGUCGCGUGCUGCGUCGCCUGCGCGGCGAACCAGCCACCGAAAACAAAACCGGCAGCGCCCGCACCGGCGCCAGCAGCGGUGCCAAGUUUGAACUUGAAAGCAACAAGUCGGGUGGCAGAACGCCGCGCCGCACCGAUCCCUGGCUCGAUACCACCACGGCCAGUCAGGAGGAACUUACCCUAGCCGACUGGGACCACACACAAGACGAGUCGCAUCGUCCGCCCAAGGACGCCGUGGAAACGCGUCGCCCGCCCAAGGACGCCGAGGAAAGAGUAGGCGCGGCGGCGAGACGCUGA